GUGCGCGUGCGGCGAGCUAAUGCGUACGUAGCAGGCGGCGUCACCCACCGACAGCCACGCCCUCCAGCAGGUGCACCAUGAUCAAGCUGGUGCUGGUGGUGAACGCGGCCGGGAAGGUGCGGCUGAGCAAGUUCUACGACCCGCGGCCGGCCGAGCCCCAGUCGCAGCAGCGGCUCACCCGCGGCCUGCACUCGCGCCUCGCCGCGCGCCAGAAGCACAACUGCAGCUUCUUCGACGUCAGCGACCUCUUGGGCCCCGACUCCACGGCCGUCUACCGCCGCUACGCAGACCUGUUCGUCGUCUUCGUGGCCGACGGCGCCGAGUCGCCGCUCGCCACGGUGGACCUCAUCCAAGAGUUCGUGGACGCCGUCGACCGCUGCUUCGGCCUGGCGUGUGAGCUGGACUUCGUGUACCACGCGGACCAGGUGCACCACAUCCUGAACGAGGUGCUGCAGGGCGGCCUGGUGUUGACCGUAAACUCGGCAGAGAUCGCCAGUCACGCGCUGGAGCAGCAGGCCGCCGAGGACCGCCAGACCAGGCCACUGAGGGCGGCGGCCGCCCAGGUGCUCAGCUCCAUACAGGAGUUCCACGUCUUCCACAGUACGUGACCCCCAGAAGCCGACCGCUCCAUCCAUUGGUUUGUCUUCCAGUGUCUGAUCCCAAAACCCUGCAGCAGCCAUCGAGGACUGCAUAAUCGGGCCUCUGAGGGUGGCCACUGUCCAGGUGCUCAGUUCCAUACAGGAAUUCCAUGUCUUCCACGGUGUGUGACCCCCCAGAAACCAACAGCUUCAUGCAGCCGAUCGUCUUCCAGUGUCUGAUCUCAAAGCUCUGUGUAAGGCUGACAAGGACUGCCGGGUCAGGUUACUGAUGGCAGAGGAGUUCAGUCUUUCCCAGUGUGUGACCUCAGAAUCCACCAGCUGAGUCCAGGGGUUAAAAGUCUAAACCGUUUCUGGACCCAAAACCCAAAAACAGGCUAUCAAUAAGCGCCAGACUAUUCCCAAAGACUGGCAGCUGCCAGGUGCUAAAAUCUAAGCAGGAGUUCCACACUUGCGACAGCACCUGACCUCAAAAGUGAACAGCUCCAACCAGCUGUCCAAUGUCCUUCAGUGCCUGACCUCAAAACUCAACAGCAGGCUGACUACGACAACUCACCACUCACCACCACCACCACCACCACCACCACCACCACCACCACCACCGCUACCACUGCCACCUAAUUUUGUUACAAAGUGGGUCUAACAGAAAUUUAAUAAGUAGAAACUGGGGAGGGAAUUGUUUCCUGCUGCCUCACAUACAAAAUGCAUCAUCUCAAUUUUUAGAAACUGAAUCAUUACUUAAUGAGUAAAGCUGAAUAAAACCGAAUUCUUCAUGCAUCAUGAAAUGCCGCCUGCAGCAGAAAACAUCCCAGUAAACUGAAAUCAUGCACGCUAUGCCCUACUGUCAUGAGAUAGAAAACUCAUUUAUAACAGCAUUAUACAUGGUAAAUACUAUAUGAACACUACCAACAUUUUUUAAUGUUCUUCCAAAAUGUUAGGCUGAACGAAAAAUACUCCAAGAGAAGACUGCACAAUCUCAUUGCUUUUUUUGGGGUGAUCCUUCUACUGUCUCGUAACGAACAUGAUAUACGUAAUUUCAUUUCCGUUGUAAUGAAAUUCGAGAACACUUGAGGACUGCGAGAAGAAAAAGAAAAUACAAAUCAACCCAGUGCAUCUAGUACUAAAACGGACAUGCACAAGAUACAAGUUAGCAUUUCAACUGUGUAAUGCGUAAUACAGUGCAGUAAGUACAUUAAUACAGGAUGCACGCCAAUGAGGAAAUUUGUGUCUUAUAAGACACUGAAAUUGUUUCGAGUGUGUGUAUGCAUUACUUCGUGUCAUAGGAAUAUGCAACAGUGUUUUUAAAGAUUACCUAACUUUGCUCUUACAGGUAUCUUUCGUAAACUCCAGUGUUGCCGUGUGAAUCAAUAUCCACAUUCACUAAACCAACGUUAUCACUCCUAUCUGACAGUGAGCCAGAAGUAGCCUUCUUGUGUUCCUAACUAGAAAUUUUUGUUAAACACAUGUUGGCAAUUUCUUUUCUUCGACAUUUUUAUGUUUGAAUAUUUUCAAGACUUUUUUUCACAGUACAUGUUGUGAAACUGCAAAACUUGAA